AUGUCAACAAAGCAAAAACAACUAAAAUUCCAUGACUACCAAUUUACAUCAACCAAGGAUGAAGCAUUUAAAAGAUCAGAAAGAUAUAUACACCAGUUUUUAAAUAAAAAUUUAUUAAAGAAAAAAGAUGGAACAUUAGGUACACCAGAGGAAUUGUUAACAUUAAUUCAACAGGCCAAUAUUAAUUUAGGUGCAUAUUCGUCAACAAGCAGUGGCAGUACAAUGGGGGCAAUGUUAAAUCACACAGUUUCGACUAUCAAUUUAGGGUCAAGUAAUGGAGGUGUACCAAAUAGUAUUAGUAGUGGAGGCCACACAACAACAGUGGCUACCGUGAGCACCCACAUUACCUCACAUCAUCACAGUGGUAGUGGUAAUUUAGCAGGUACAGCAACUACUGGUGGUAAUAAUAAUAAUACUUCAACAACUACCAUUUCAAUUACAAGUAGUCCAACCACAUCCAGUGCAUCACCUUCUCAAACAUCAACCACCACAUUGGCAUUAAAUAACAGUAACAGCAGUGUAGGAAGUGGUUCACAAAAUGCAUCUGAUACAGCCCAAAUCGAUAUCGAAUUUCAUUUAUCAUACACUCAACUUGUACAAUUACCACAAAGUAUUUUCAAUUUGGUUUGGAUUCAAAAAUUGGUAUUGACUCAUCACAAUAUUAAAACCUUAAGCGAAGAUAUUGGCAAGCUUCAACAACUUCAAGUAUUGAUUUUAGAAAAUAAUAGACUCAUCAGUUUACCACAGUCGAUAGGUGAUUUAGUCAAUUUAAAGAGAUUGGAAAUUGAUAACAAUCAUUUGGUAUCUUUAUGUUCUUUAGAGCGUUUGUCAAAACUUGAAGUACUCUCUGUAAAUAAUAAUAAAUUAACUUUACUUCCAACUUCCAUAGCCUCUUUAACCAGUUUAAAAACUUUAAAUAUCAAACAAAAUCCAAUUAUAACUCCACCAUCAACUGUAAUUUCAAAGGGUUUAAAAGAUAUUGUUUCAUUUUUAAGAGAAUUAGAAACAGGUGCUAGACCAUGCUUAAGAUCAAAAUUAGUAGUAUUGGGUGAUCCUGGUGUUGGUAAAACUUCUGUAAUUCAAUGUAUAAAAGGAAAAAAGAAAAAACAAACAAAUAAUAAUGUAAAUAUAAAUAAUAAUGGAUCAGAAAUUGGUAUUGAAAUUGAUCAAUACGAUUUUGACAUAGUUGAUGAAGAUGAUAAGAAACGAAGAGUCAUUACAUUAUCAACAUGGGAUAUCGCAAAUCAAGAUGUUUACUUUUCAUCAAGUCAACUAUUCGACUCAGAAAGAUCAGUUUAUAUUGUAGUAUUUAGUUUAAAUAAUGACGAUUUCUCAGCAAUAGAAUAUUGGCUCCAUUGUAUAAUGAGUACCUCACCAAAUUCACCAAUUGUAUUAGUAGGCACCCAUAUCGAUGAAUUUGAAAAUUUAAAUGUUGUCAAUGCGGUAUUAGAGUCUGUUGCUUCACGUUUCCAAAAAAGAUUUUCAAAUAUUCAAGCAAUUAUCUCUGUCAGUUGUACUACUGGUUACGAUGUCGAUAAACUUAGACAGUUAAUUGAAGAGAUCAUCAAAGCUCAACCAUACCUCAAGGAGAAAGUACCAUCUAGUUUCUUUACAUUAGAAGAGGCUUUAAUCGAAGUUAAAAAGAAAAGAAUUCCACCAGUAAUGAUGUGGCAAGAAUAUAUAAAUCUAGCCAAUAUUUGUAAUCUUAAAGAUAGCGUUCAAAUUCAACGUGCCACCGAAUUUCUUCACAACAUUGGCAGUAUUGUCUAUUUCAACGAUUUAAAUAGCUCUGUUGGUAAAAUGGUUAUUCUCGAUCAACAAUGGAUAAUCAAUUGUAUGUCCUCUUUAAUCACAUCAAAAGUUUUAAUAAAUAAUUGUAAUGGUAUCGUAAGACAGUCAGAUUUAGAAUUAGUUUGGAAAGCUCCAACAUAUCCAGAACACCUCCAUAGCGCACUCCUUUCCAUAAUGCAAGCUUUUGAAAUUUGUCGUCCACUAUCACCAUCCGAUUUGGUUAAACCCGAUGAAAUCAACGAUAAAGAAGUCAUUGGUGACCGUAAUUUAGUUCCAAACUUAUUAUCAGAUAAUAAUUCAAAUAUAAUAACCCAAUGGGAUGAUUUUAUCGAUCCAGAUACUAUCCUUUUAAAUAGACAAUAUCAUUUACCAUUCCUCCCAGAGAAAUUUUUUGGUAAACUCAUUAUUCAUUUAAUGAAUUUCACAAAAGUAGAAUCCUGUUACAAAAGAGUUGUUGUGGUUAGAAAUAACGAUGGCCAUGAAGCUUUAAUCGAAUUAAAAACUAUAAAGGAAAAAGAUGGUUCCUCAAAGAAAGUAUUAACUGUUGAUGUUCGUGGUAUGGUAGCUCCAGUAUCAUUAUUAAGAAUUGUUACCGAUACAAUUGAAUCAUUGUUUUCACAAUGGUAUAAAUUAAAUAUUAAAAGAUAUAUAAGUUGUUAUGAAUGUGCAAUUUUAUAUGAUAGAAAUCCAACUUUAUUCACAAUCGAAGAGUGUGAGUUUGCAGUAAUUGACGGUAAAACAGUACUAACAUGUCAUCAAAAAUCAGAUUCAGAAAGGGUUUCAACAUCGCACCGUUUGAAAUUAGAUAUUUUAGCACCAGAUAUUUCAAUGGUUGAUAUUCCAAUACCAAGAUUUGAUUUAAAGGAAAUUAAAAUUUCAAAAGAAGUAGGUCGUGGUGCAUUUGGUAUAGUUUAUGAAGCAGAAUGGAGAAAUGAUUAUAUAGCACUCAAGAAAUUAUUAUUACCAACUACAGGCGGUGAUAGUGCCGAUGGUCAACCCGAACCAGAUGCAGCAGCCCUUAUGGAAGAUCGUCUUAAAGUAUUCCGUGAAUUCCGUCACGAAGUCUAUAGUAUGAGCAGAUUAAAUCAUCCAAAUGUUAUGAAGAUUAGUGGUUUCUGUAUUCAACCUCUUUGCAUGGCCUUGGAAUAUGUACGUUAUGGUUCACUUUAUAGUUUACUUUCAAAUAAUACAAUCGAAAUUGGCUGGGGUCUUCGUUUACAAAUUGCUAUAGAAAUCGCCAAAGGUAUGCAACAUCUUCACUCUCACAAUCCUCCAGUUAUUCAUCGUGACUUGAAAUCCCCAAAUGUUUUAUUAAAUGGUAUCACUGAAGGCUCAAAUAACGUUGCAACAAUCAUCGAUUUUGGUACAUCCACAGCUUUAUAUGGUGGUGCUGCUUUAAUUCGUUGCGUUGAUCAACCACUUUGGCUUGCUCCAGAGGUUCUUGCCUGCACUGCUUAUAGCGAACCAAGUGAUGUUUAUUCAUUUGGUAUCAUUCUUUGGGAGUUAUACACUCGUGCUCAUCCAUUUGAUGAAUUUUCAUUUGGCCAAUGGAUGUCUAAAUUAGAAGAUGAGAUUAUUCGUGGUCUUCGUCCUACUAUUCCUUCAACAUGUCCUCCAGAGUACGUAGAGUUAAUUCAAAGUUGUUGGACUCACGAACCAAAUAGCAGACCAACCUUUACCUCAAUUGUCGAAGCACUUGGUCAAAUCAAAAAGAAGUUUGCUCCAUUACCUUUCACUCAUCCACCACAUAUCAGAAAUAUGAUGAGAAAAUCAAGAUCAUCCUCCAUCUCCGAAGCAAUGUUACCAAGUAAUUUAUUACACUUAAAUUUAAAUGGCAUUAAUGGCGGAAGUAAAGAUACCAGCGUUCUUAGUGGUAGUCCAACUGCUACCGGUACUCUUAGUGCUACAAUGAUCACAUCUACAAGCCUUUCAAAAGAUAGCAUUUUAUCAUCAAGUUUAACUGGUCGUGAUAUUUUAAAUAGUAGUAGAGAUAACUCAUUAUUAACAGCAUCAUCAUUGGGUAAUAAUACCUCAACCUCAUCAUUAGCCUCCUUGGUUUCAAAUAAUAGUGGUAUGCAUCACUCACCAUCUGCAUCAGAAAACUUAAAUGACCUUCAUUUCGAAACUGAUACUAUAGACUUUUUCCAAGAUAUCUUCACAGAAGAAGAAAAUGAACAACCAUAUCCAUUUGCCGACGAUGAUCAACAAAAAGGUAUCCUCUUUGGUUUUGAUGAAGAGCAACAAAGUAGCAGCAGUAGUGGUAGUGCUAUUGUUUCAAACAACAGUUCAGUUUCUAUAAUUAUUGCAGCCACAAUGGCCAAGAUGAUCGAAAUGAUGACUAAAGGCGAAAGUUCAGCCACAAUCAAGAGUGAUCAAAUUGCAACUCGUAGAAGAUCAGACACUGCAGGUAAAAAUGGUGUUCCACACACCUGGAGAAAUUCAGUUCCAUUAUCAACAAAUACUUGCACCACUUUGGAUGAAACUUUUAUUGAUGAUUUCAUUUAUGUUUAUCGUUCAUUCGCUACACCAAGAAGUAUAUUUAAAUUAUUAGUUCGUAGAUUCUUUGGCCCAAGAGGCACCGAUAAAGUAGAUGGUUUCACUGUUAAGAAAUUUGAACAAAAGAAACAAGCAAUUCGUCAAGGUAUUGCAGUAUUCCUUCGUAAAUGGGUUGCUGAUAUUACAGAGUUGGAAUUUAGACAAGACGAAUUUUGGUUAUAUCACAAUACAGUAUCAUUCAAUAAACAAUUUAUUAGCCCAGAAUUCCCAAAUCUUGCUUACCAAAUCAAUCAAACACUCGCAAUUCAUGAAGAUGAAGUCAAUUUAACUAAUCAACGUUUCCUUCAAAUUGCAUUCAGUGAAAGUGAACUCAACUAUGAACGUACAAGCUCUUUAACAUCAUCAAUGGUACCACCAAAACCAUUUAGAAGUCAAAAGAAUUUAGGUAAUUUAGGUUCACCAGGUAUCGAUGGUCCACUUAUGUCAAACCAAAGUGAUAUUUCAAGAGUAUUUUUAAAUUUAGCAACUGGAAUGAGAGACCCAUUAUUAGGUAUUUUAGUUAGAGAAAGAAAGUUCAAAAAGGAUAAAGUAAGCACAAUUUGUUGCAGUGGUUCGGAAAUCAUUGAUUGGAUCACCAAAUGUAUGCCAAUUGAAAGAGCUGAUGCAAAAUAUUUAGUAUUGGAUAUGUUAAUGAAACAAUUCUUUAUUCAACUCUCUGAGGAAGGUUUACCAAUCUUUAAAGGAAAUCCAAAUUUCUCAGAUUCACCAACCUCAUUCUACAUGUUUUUAGAAGAUGACCCAGAAUUAGUUGCUCGUCAAUUUACAUUUUUAGAAUUAAAAUAUCUUCAUAAUAUUCAUCCAAGAGAAUUAUUAGGUUUCUCUGUUGGUUUAGUAAUGCCAAACGAAAACGAAAAAGAUCCAGAAAAAUGGAGACAAUCAAACUUCCCACACAUUUACGAUUACUUUAAAUGGUUCAACAAGAUGACAAUGUUGGUUAGUACCGAAAUUCUUAGACAACGUGAUAUUAAACAACGUGCAAUCACAAUUGAAAAAUAUAUUUCAGUUGCACUCGAAUACCUUUCACUUUGGAAUUUCAAUGGUAUUAUGCAAGUUCUCAGUUCACUUCAUAGUGAACCAAUUUCACGUCUCACCGUUUCUUGGUCAAAAGUUUCACAAAAGUAUUUAGAUUGUUUCCACGACCUUUCACGUCUCAUGUUACCAGAAUCAAAUUAUCUCCCAUUACGUUCUGCCUUAGCCCAAAAACCAAAUACUUUUAUUGUAUCACCUGCCUAUCCAAAUAUUGCAAGCUAUAUGACUCACUCCAUCUGCCCAACCGUUCCAUUUUUAGGUGCAUUAAUUGCUGAUCUUUCUCAAACAUGCACAGAGAACCCAACAUUUAUUAGUAGCGGUGGUGAAAAAAUGAUUAACAUUCUUCGUGUUAAACGUUUAUCUAAAAAGAUGAAAAUGUUUAAAGAAUAUAAAGAAAUGCCAACUGUAUACUCUCCAGCACUUCCCAGCGUCCCAUUGCAAUAUUAUGAACAUUAUGUCAACGAGUUAAAAGCAUUAGAUCAUCUUCAACUUGACCGUCUCUCUGAAAUAGAAAAGAAAUUAGAAAUAGUAGCAGAAAAAAUGGGUACAACCGAACAAGAAAAAGAAAAUGAUGGUAAUAAUAAUCUAACAGGUUCAAACUUUUUUGGUAGUGGUUCUGAUGAAUUAACAGAACGUGAUUGGACCAUUCUUUUAACCAAUGCCUCAGUUAUUACUUAUAGUCGUGGUGAUGUUGUCAUGGAAGAAAAUGCUAUUAAUACUCAUCUCUAUCGUAUUAAAUCUGGUGCAAUUUCUGUAGAGAAAAAAGAUAAAGACGGACUUAAUGUUAAAGUAGCUACCAUGUUAGCACCAAAAAUGUUUGGUGAAAUGUCAUUCUUAGGUAAUAAAACUACUGCUCGUUUAACUGUAGAGGAAGAAUCUGAUCUCUAUGUUAUGGAUAUUCCAUUCCUUAAUAACCUCUUUAAUAGUCAUCCACGUCUUGGUGCUAAAUUCUAUAAGAUUAUGGCCAAUCAAUUAGCAAUCCGUCUAAAGAACCUCCCAUGGUCCAAACCAAAACAAAAUGGUAGUAAUAGCAAUAACAACGGUAAUAUUCAAAAUGGUCCAGAUAAUAUUUUAGGUACCACACCAACUGGUUCAGGUGGUAUUUUAACAAAUCAAAACCUUUCAAAUAUAAUUUCAUCCGCAUCAAGCACACCACCAGCCUCACCAAGAGGACCAACUAUGCAAGCUCCAGGACCAAACCCAUUAUUAAACAAUAUUCACCCAACCAUUCAACAUCGUGCAUCAUCAGCUAACCUUGUUCCACAUCCAAGUCAACCAACACACCGUCCAUCCAAUGCCAACUUCCACCUAUUAUCAGGUAAUAAUAAUACACCACGUGGUGAUGGUGGCCGUAGCGGUAGUGUAAAUUUCGGUCGUACCCAAACAUCAACCUCACCAUUAAAUGAAAACUUUGGUGGAGCACCUGUAAUGAAAAAGAAUGAUCAAGAAUUUUGUCAACGUUUCUCAUUAGAAGGUGAAAUUGUUAUUAAAGAUUAUCCAUGUUCAUUAAAUCGUUCAGGUAGACUUUACAUUUCCCAACAACACGUUUGUUUUUACAGUAAAUUCUUUGGUUAUAAGACAAAGAAAGUUAUUCCAUUCAAAAAUAUCGAUAAUUUGAUCUGUGUAAAUGUAAAUCAAUUAGAAUUAACUCGUAUUAAAAAUACAGUUCCAAGUAUUUAUCGUUUAACCUUCCAAAACAAUAGAGAUCGUGAAGACGCCUUCAGUAUGAUCCAAAUCCUUCAUCAAUCAUCAAAACAAUCAAAUUCAACCUCUGAUGAAAUCAAAAACAAAUUAGCUCAAGAACGUAAAAAAGUUAAUAAUCUCACUCUUAAAACCCGUAGCAAUAAAAAUAAAGGUGACGAACUCACCAAAGAAGACUGGGAACUCAUUGGUUGCGAAGGAUCUCGUUCAACAAAUUAUAAAAAAGAUGAAGUUAUUAUUCGUGAAGGUGAACGUAUGCAAAAGAUUUUCCAAAUUGGUAAAGGUGUUUGUAGAAUUGAAAAAUCCGUACCAAUUGCACCAGGUUCUAGCGAAAUGAAAAAAGUAGUUUUAGGUACAAUGAAACAAGAUGAUACUUUUGGUGAAAUCACUUAUCUCCUUAAUGGUGAAACAACUGCCGACGUUAUCUCUGACUCUGAUCAAACCGAAGUUUAUACCAUCGAGGGCCAAUUUGUAAAUAUAUUAUUCGAUUUAAAUCCUGCCUUAGCUUCAAAAUGGUUCAAAUAUUUAGCUACUGCCUUAAACAAAACCUUAAUAGAAAGAGAAUCACAACUUUAUGCUUAA